UACGGAGAUAACGGAAGAGGUGGAAGGCGGGGCCACAAGAGCCCUUCCGGCAGGGAACCCAAGGCUUCAAAGUUGGGAGGCGUAACCACUCACAGGCCGGAAGUUGCCGGGGUAGACGCGUUCGGGUAGCAGAAGAAGUCCGGGGAUUUCCGAAGCGAGCCGAAGCAUCGCGAUCGUUUUCAGGGACAGCUGAUCCGUCCGAGCUGUUUCACGGACCACAGUCAUGGCGGCACCCAGAGCUGCUGUGCCCGACGGUGGCGAGGAACCCGCGCCGGAGGCUGAGGCUCUGGCCGCGGCCCGGGAGCGGAGCAGCCGCUUCUUGAGCGGCCUGGAGCUGGUGAAGCAGGGCGCCGAGGCGCGCGUGUUCCGCGGCCGCUUCCAGGGCCGCGCGGCGGUGGUGAAGCACCGCUUCCCCAAGGGUUACCGGCACCCGGCGCUGGAGGCGCGGCUUGGCAGGCGGCGGACGGUGCAGGAGGCCCGGGCGCUCCUCCGCUGCCGCCGCGCAGGAAUAUCUGCCCCAGUUGUCUUUUUUGCGGACUAUGCUUCCAACUGCCUAUAUAUGGAAGAAAUUGAAGGCUCGGUGACUGUUCGCGAUUAUAUUCAGUCCACUAUGGAGGCUGAAAAAACUCCCCAGAGUCUCUCCAACUUAGCCAAGGAAAUUGGGCAGGUUUUGGCUCGAAUGCACGACGAAGACCUCAUUCAUGGUGAUCUCACCACCUCCAACAUGCUCCUGAAACCCCCGCUGGAACAGCUGAACAUCGUGCUGAUAGACUUUGGACUGAGUUUCAUUUCAGCACUUCCAGAGGAUAAGGGAGUAGACCUCUAUGUCCUGGAGAAGGCCUUCCUCAGUACCCAUCCCAACACUGAAACUGUGUUUGAAACCUUUCUGAAGAGCUACUCCACCUCCUCCAAAAAGGCCAGGCCAGUGCUAAAAAAAUUAGAUGAAGUACGCCUGAGAGGAAGAAAGAGGUCCAUGGUUGGGUAGAAGAAUGUGUCUGACCACCACACACAGUGAAGCUGUUUUUUUCAAAGUAUAUUUGAAGAAAUGCUGCAAGUAAGAGUAGAUCUAAGUAACGGUGUUAAGAUAUUUGUAAGUGGUGUGUGAUCGUGCCUGGUGUGUCAUUAUCAUCGGCACUACUGGAGCUUUCUAUGUAUCUAAGACACGUUCUAGGCGGAAUUGGGUAUUUAAAGUAAAUCUAGGACAGGCUUUCUCCCAGGUUGUGACUUGUACAUCUCAGGUACAUGGGUGGAGCACUGAACCACGUGAGAACUUUCUUCUCUUUUGAGUCCCUGUGAGAUGAGGAUGAAGUCUCAGUUGCUGAUAGGUCUUUAUCAGCCCCAUAGCCUAGUGUUUUUUUGUUGCACGUGAUAUAUUUGUCUUGAAACCAGUUUAAUGGGUGUACAACUAGAAUUUUUUACAAUGAAGUAGAAUUUCAGAAUAGA